AUGUGUCAAUGUUGUGAUGUGUAUAUUGAAAGAGUCAACCUGUUAGGAUUUUUUGUCAGCUGCAUCUUUUUUGGCGAUCCAGUCGUCAUCGCCGCAUUUUCGGAUUUUUGGUGUUAUAUACGUCGACGGUACGUGGAUGAGUACAUCCGAGUCCGCUACGAACCUCCAAAGGAUGAGGUCGAUCUUAUGAGGCAUCCAUCAGUAGCUGAGGUGAUGGGGUCUGAAAACUUGGAACCCAAUGAGAUAUGUCAAUCUGUUACCGUCGAAAAAGGGCCAGAUAAGCAAUCGGUGGUUCAUGUGCGAAAGUACAUUCCAGCCGGUAACAAAGGACACAGUCAGCCGGUAACGAUAGGUCAGCAUCUAGGAACAAAUAAGAGAGGGAUUCCGGAUGCGACCAUGUUUCAUGACGUUGAGGACCCAAUGGGUUCACCAUCGUGGAAUGAGCAGCAACCGUUUGGUCAAAUUCUCAAAUCGUACAGAUACCCUAGAAUCGCUACUCUUCUUCACUGGAUUCUCGUCUACUGCUUUCGAAUAUCGCCCAACCACCAAAGACUGGAGACCCACCCUCAUAAACCAAAGAUUAACGAACCAGACACUCUCAAGAAAGGGGAUAAUCAUAACCCGGAAAGCACCAGUGAACCACGAACAUCGGUAGCGGGUUCCAGUGAUACAUCAAAUGAACAUUCGUUUGUGUCCAAUGAAGCAAAGGAUACGUCCACGCACGAUCAACAUUCUCACAAUGCCUCACAUCUAAACGACGGAAUCGACAGAGUCCACACCGCUCCAUCAGGUUCAUCCACGGAAAAGGAACCAUCCGUUGCAAGCGACGCUUGGCGACCCCAUUUGCACAGCAAUCGCCGACAGGAUACCCCCACGAGCGAAAAGGAAAACAAGGCAUUGAUAAAGUACAGUGGGAGAAAACAAAUCUUUGGGAUGCAUAAGCGGUCUGGAAGCUUCCAGGAAUCAUCGACUCAAUCACCAUCUAGAAAGAGAGCCCAAUCGACAUCGCUUAUUUCGGAUCUCAUUCACAAGUCGUAUUUCAGGUCGCCGCCUACUACUUCUGCGCCGAUUCCCUCCAUCCAUGAGCCAGAUCUCCGUUCGAGUGAAACAGGUUCUCGACCAUAUCAUCACGCAGAUACAAUAGCCAAGACUGGUGACGAGAAAAGGAACAAUACACCGCAAUCUGAGCACCAUCUCUAUCCACACUCCUACCUAGAAACUGCCGCCCAUCCUAAAAUGCGCAAUGCCUCAACUGUCCCUACAACCAAUUUGAUGCCGGAGGAACCACCCUCUGUUCUCACACCUCGUCCUGUAAAGCAUUACGUAUCAGAGCGACCGAUCACAGAUAGGCUGACAGCUGAUCUGCCGGUACGGAUAUCUCCGUCUGCUUCACCUGCAUUAUCGGCUGUCAAUUAUAAAGGGCAGACAUCCACCCAUCGUCGUCCGUCAUCUGCACCUUCGUCACGCCAGUCUUCCCCAUUAUCCGAUCUAUCGUUUCAAAACGUGUGGAUAUUCAAUGAAAAUGAAGGAUUCAGCGAAGGGGUGACGACGAUUCAUUACAUCUCCAACUGGGACCGUGACAACGAUAAAGAACGCAUCGAACGGUUCAUAGAAUACUGGGGAAUAGAAACCAUGAUCCUCAAGCAAGCUGAACUGUCCGAGCAACUCAUUCGUUACAUGUAA